GAACUCUCGAAAAUACCUGACAGCGAGUUUGAUUUGGAUCACCUGGAGAAGUGUGACUUAUUGCGAGCAUACAUAUCUGAGGUGCAACGCAUACGAUCUGUUGUACCUUUGGGAAUACCGCAUGGUGCCGUAAAAGAUUUCACUCUGGAAGGAUAUUUGAUACCGAAAAAUUGUAUGAUCAUCCCUCUACAAUGGGCCGCCCAUAUGAGUCGGUUGAAAUGGAUUGAACCCGAACUCUAUUGGCCCGAGAGAUUUUUGGAUGACAAUGGUCAUUAUCAACAGCCACCGGACUUCAUACCAUUCCAAACAGGUAAGCGGAAAGUGAAAUAUAUUUGUAAUAUAACACAGCCCGACUUGACAAUUGCACAUUGGAUAUGGCUAGCCAAUUGUAGUAGAUUAAUGCUCGCUGAAUCUAAAUGCGAACUAAGAAUUACUCUUUCACAUCAGGUUUUUUUUUUUAUACCAGUAAGUCCGUAAGGGGGUCUUUCUAACCAGUAAAUCGUAUCAUUCACGUACUAAAGCAAACACAAUUUCCACUACAUAUUU